AUGACGACGGUGGAGGGGCAGCCCGGCACCUUCACAGUGGUGGUGCACCUGCCGCCAGGGUAUCACCAAUACAAGUUCAUUGUUGAUGGCGAGUGGCGGCACGACGAGAGCCAGCCGUUCAUGCCGGAUCCGUUGGGGAAUGUGAACAACUGGCUGUUUGUGCGCAAGCCAGAAGGGCAGGCAGCGCCGGCGGCGGCGGGGCACAGUCACAACACCAGCGGCGGCCUGCACCAGAGCCUGCAGCAGCACAGCCAGCAGCAGCACCAGCAGCAGCACGCGGCGCACCCGCAGCACAGCCACCACCAGCCGCAGCAGCCCAGCAUGCUGCACCACCAGCUGGCGGGGCACGGCGGCACGGCGCCAUCCUCGCGCGCGCAGUCCGUGGCAGACAUGGAUGUGGCGAGCGGGGACCCCAGCGGCGGCGGCGGCGGCGGCAGCACCGCCUCGGGCGGCGUCAUUGCUCCCAUUGCGGUUCAGGCCGACGAGCCGGCGCACACCAAGAAGAAAGCGCGAGGCGGGGCGGGCGGGGCAGGGCAUGACGUGGAGGCUGCCUACGAGCUGAUCCCCGAGAGCGGCAAGGUGGUGCUGCUUGACAUCGACCUGCCCAUGCGCCAGGCCUUCCACGCGCUGCACGAGCAGGGUGGGGCGCUGCGUGAGGAGCUGGUGGCGGAGGGCGUGCAGCCGCCCAAGCCGCUGGUGGCGGUGCGCCCCAACGACAGCCUGGCGGCGGUGGUGCGCACCCUGUUUGAGCGCGGCUGCAGCAUGGCACCCGUGCUCGCCACGCAGGCCGAGAGCGGCAAGCAAGGCGCGGGCUCCGCCGCCUCGGCGGCGCCCUCGCCCGGCGGCGUGCCCCCCGCGGCGCCGCCCUCGCCCUCCGCCUCUGCCGCCGCCGCCAACUGCCUGGACGGCGACGUGCUGCACACGGCCACCAUCAGCGGCGUGCUGGCCUGCCUGAUGCGCCACUUCCGCGCCUCGCUGGCAUCGCUGCCGCUGCUGGCGCAGCCGCUGUCGGCGCUGCCCAUCGGCACCUGGGCGCCCACCAGCAGCCUGGCGGCGGGGGUGGCGCAGGGGGAGGAGCAGCCGCGGCAGACCAACGGCGGCGACCCGCGCCUGCGGCGGCAGCAGCGGCGCGUGUCCAAGCUGGCGUGCGUGCGUGGCGACACGCCGCUGACGCACGCGCUGGGCCUGCUGCUGGAGGCGGGGGUGUCCUGCCUGCCUGUGGUGGACGCCAACGGCGUGCUGCUCGACAUCUACGCUCGGGCAGACAUCACCAUGCUCGCAAAGAGCAACGCCUAUGCCCGGCUCCAGUUUGAGGAUGUGACGGUGGGGCAGGCGCUGGCGCUGGCGGGGCAGGCGCUGCCGCCGCCGCAGCUGGCGGCGGGGGCGGGGGGCGGCGCGCCGCCGCCACAGUGGGGCGGCUCCCCGCGUGGCUCCGCCUCCAGCCUAGGCGCCGACCCCGGCAGCCAGCCGCCGCCCGGCUCCAAGCAGCACCGCCUGCACGUGUGCACGCCGCACGACGCGCUGCGCACGGUGGUGGAGCGGCUGUCAGUGCCGGGGGUGCGGCGGCUGGUGGUGGUGGAUGGCGAGAGCCGGCGCGUGGAGGGCAUCGUCAGCCUGUCUGACGUAGCCGCCUUCCUGCUGCUCUGA